AUUUCUUACGCACAAUACCACAAGCAUGAUCCAUAAAUGGAAAAUUGAUUAAAAUACAUCAAAAUUGAGAACUUAUCAUACAAAGACACAGUUAAGAGAAUGAAAAGGCAAAGCAUAGAUUUGGAGAAAGUAUUUCAAAUUAUGUAUUUGAUAAAGGACUUGAAUCUAGGAUAUAUGAAGAACUCUCAAAACUCAAUAAGGAAAUGACCUAUUAAACAAAGGGCAAAAAAUUAAAUUACACAAUUCACCAAAGAAGAUAGGCAUAUGAAAAAAAUAUGCACAUGAAAAAAAAAUGCUCAACAUCAUCAUUCAUUAGGGGAAUGCAAAUUAAAAGCACAGUCAGAUACAGUGGAUAUAUCCACUAGAAUAUCUAAAAUUUAAAAGACCGACCAUAUCAAGGGAUAGCAAGUAUGUGGAACAACUGGAACUCACAUAUACUUCUUGCAUAAAUGUAGAAUGGUACAACCAGUUUGGAAAGCGAUUGACAGUUUCUUACACAUUUAAACAUAUACCAUAUGAUCCAGCCAUUCUAGUCCUAGAUAUUUGCUCGAGACAUGAAAGUAUAUGUGCAUACAGUGACUUGUACAUGAAUGAUUGUAGCAGCUUUAUUUGUCAUGACUAAAAACUGGAAACAACACACGUAUAUCCAUCAACAAUUAAAUGGAUAUACACAAUUUGAUAUAUCCUUACAAUGGAAAACUUCUCAGCAAUAAAAGGAGAUGCACUGUUGAUACAUACAACAGCAUGAAUGAAUUGUAAUUAUGCUAAGUGAAAGUAGCCAGAUGAGAAGGAGCAUGUAGUGCGUGAUUCCAUUUUUAUAAAACUCGUGAUAAUGCCAACUAAUAUAUAGUGACGGAAAGCAGACCAGUGUUGUCUGGAGGCAUGGCAGGGACAGAUAGAAUGGUGAGAUUACAAAGGGUUACCAGGAAACUUCUGAGGGGGAUGGAUAUUUUCAUUUUCUUGAUUGUGGUGAUGGUUUCUCAGAUAUACACAUAUACUAAAACGUCAAACUUUUCGCUUUAAAUAUAUGCAGUUUAUUGUAUAUCAAUUAUACUGUAAUAAAACUAUUACAAAAUUAAGACAGUGGAGCAAGAUUGAUACACUGCAUUUACCAUGACCUUCCAUGUCUUGAAAGUGGAAAGUAGACAAAAUUAGAAUCAAAAGUAGAGUUUACUUAUAAUUGUAUUAUCUAACCAGUGUGUAUUUGCUCAGUUAAUUGUUUACCCAUGGUUAUGAUUAUUAUUGAAAUAUACUUUUGUGUUGAACUGAAGAAGUGGUUUUCAAACACGAUCAUGCGCAAGAAUACCUGUGGGGACCCGUUAGAUGUGCAGAUUCCCAGGCUCUCUCCCCUCUCCCAGGGAUUCCAAAUCAUGGGUGUGGUCUUGGGGUCUAGGAAUAUGCAAGUUCAGUAAGGUUCCCAGGCAGUUUUGACGUAUGUAUCCAUAGACCAUAUUUCAGAAUCACUUCUUAGCAGAAUAUUGUUUACAUCAAAAUUGUUUGAAUCUGGAUGAACUCUGUGGACCACUGGUGCCAGGUUGAUAUGGAAUAUUCUUGAUCUGGUCUAUGUAUGUGUACAUCAACCUAUUAGAGAGGGGGUGGACUUAUUUGGAAGGGGCAGCAAGUUUGCAUUUUGUUUGUGCUGGCUGAUAUUCAUGAUGACGGCUCUCACUAGAACAUAGAAAAUGUCCAGGUGCUUGAAAAAAUUAAGUUGCUGUAAGGUUUUUCUUUGCUCCUUUUCUUCUCCUUCACAAUAUUCAUUGACCUGCUUUUGAUAUUUUGUGUAAUAUUCAUGUGCUAUAGAUCAUGCGUUCACCAGGCCUUUCAAUAGUGAAAGGACAGGGGCCCCAGGAAGAAGGAGCCAUCUUUUACUUUAUCAGGCAUGAUGCAAUUAUUAUCUCAGGAACUGAAAUGGCCAAACAAAUCCAGAAAGAAAUACAGCGAGGUGUGGAAUCUUGGAUUUCUCUUGGGAAUGGAAGACCUCACCUCAGUAUCAUUUUAGUGGGUGAUAACCCAGCAAGCCACACAUACGUCAGGAAGAAGAUCAAAGCUGCUGCUGCCGUAGGUAUCUGUAGUGAGAUCAUUCUAAAACCUAAGGAUGUUUCUCAGGAAGAACUUUUGGAUAUAACCAAUCAGUUGAACUUGGACCCAAGAGUCAGUGGUAUAUUAGUUCAGUUGCCACUGCCAGACCACGUGGAUGAGCGGACAGUAUGCAAUGGAAUUGCCCCGGAAAAAGAUGUAGAUGGAUUUCAUAUUAUUAACAUUGGAAGACUAUGCCUGGAUCAGCAUUCUCUCAUACCUGCCACUGCUAGUGCUGUUUGGGAAAUUAUCAAACGAACAGGAAUUGAAACAUUUGGAAAAAAUGUGGUUGUGGCUGGAAGAUCCAAGAAUGCAGGGAUGCCCAUCGCCAUGCUCUUACACACUGAUGGAGAGCACGAACGGCCAGGAGGUGAUGCAACUGUGACAAUAGCUCACAGAUAUACUCCCAAAGAACAACUGAAGAUCCAUACUCUGCUGGCAGAUGUUAUCGUAGUAGCUGCAGUUGUUUUCACUCCACUCACCCUCAGCGGGAGCCUGUUUCAUCUCCAUAAUCUUCCCGUGAUAUUUAUAGUACGUGAAAUACAAAAGGAUGCUGCUCAAGUGGUUGUCCAUUUGGAGAAAUGCUUUGGUAUUCCAAAGUUGAUUACAUCUGAUAUGGUUAAAGAAGGUGCUGCUGUAAUUGAUGUGGGUAUCAACUAUGUCCAUGACCCAAUGACAGGAAAGACAAAAUUAGUUGGAGACGUGGACUUUGAAGCUGUUAAGAAGAAGGCUAGCUUUAUCACUCCAGUUCCAGGAGGCGUGGGACCCAUGACAGUGGCAAUGCUUCUCAAGAACACCCUUCUGGCAGCUAAAAAAAUCAUUUACUAGAUCACAUGAAAGAAUAAAGCAAACU